AGUCCAGAGCCACAUAACAGAAUGUUCUGGACUCUUGGAAGUGCCGCAUCCUUCUCAAAGAUCAUGAAAUACUUGCUCCUGAAUCUUAUGGUAUUUUUUAUCCUGUUCCAGAUGUUUCCAGUCUGCAGGUGCCGCAAAGCUUGCUGGGUCAUAAGAGGACACUGCAGGAAAUACUGCAAGUCUGGGGAGCAGGUGAAAAAGCCUUGCAGCAACGGGGACUACUGCUGCACUGUGAGCAAGGUGGACUCUUUGCCGCAGACACCCACAAAAACGUUUGGUCAUAAUUUCAAAGAAUAUUCCAAAACUGUGCCAGCCAUGGUCUUUGUGAACAAUAACGAAUUAGGGUUAAGUUGAAAUAGGUUGGUCCUCUGCAGAGCAGGGAUUGCCAGCUCCAGUCCCUCCCAUGAGCCCAUUAAAUACGUAACCUCCUUUCUGCUGA